CUAGAUGAGAUUGCGCUUUACGACCGUCAGAUUCGGCUGUGGGGAGUCCAAGCGCAGGAGAAGAUCCGGUCGGCCAACAUCCUCCUCAUCACCGUGAAAGCGCUCGCGAAUGAAGUAGCCAAAAACCUGGUGUUGGCAGGAAUUGGCAGUCUCACAAUUAUCGACCACGAAACUAUCACCGAGGAUGACCUGGGCGCACAGUUUUUCGUGGCGGAGGCACACAGCGAGGGAGAUGUCCUUGGAAAGAAUGUGAGACGAACAAUCCCACUUCGUUCUGUAUACUCUCAUGUUGACCCUACCCAGCGAGCAGAAGUGGCCGGCCCCCAGAUUCACAAGAUGAACCCGAGAGUGAAGUUGCACGUCGACACGGACGAUGUUAAAACAAAACAGCCCGAUUUCUUCGCACAGUUCGAUUUGACGAUCGCGACUGAACUCGACUUCGCAACGAACACUACAAUUAAUGCUGCAUGCCGGCUGGCCAAUAAGCCGUUCUAUGCGGCAGGUCUACACGGGUUUUACGGGUAUGCAUUUGCAGACUUGAUUUCACACGAUUUUGUGAUCGAGCGGGCCAAGUCCAACGUGACUGCCCAGCGGCAAGAGACGCCCACACGCAGCAUGGUGAGCAUCGCCACUAAGAAAGAUGGCAACAAGGCUAUUGAACUGGUCACCAAGCGCGAGGUUUACUCUCCGCUCCUACUAGCCAAUACCUCCCCACUCCCCGAAGACUACACCCGCCUACCGCGCCGCCGCAAGCAAAUCACCCCGCUGCUAAGUUGUCUGCGCGCGCUAUGGGAGUUCGAGAAGGUCUCCGGCGGCCACAAGCCCACAUCCUCGCACGAGGACCUAGUGUCCUUCACCAGGUUAGCGGGUGACUGCCACCGCGAACUACAGCUCGAUCCGGGCUCGCUGGACAACGUCUUCCUACGCAAGUUCCUACAGAACCUCUCCGCCGAGCUUAGCCCCGUCGCUGCAUUCUUGGGCGGUUCUCUCGCCCAGGAUGUCAUCAAUGUCCUUUCUGCGCGUGAACAGCCCCUGCAGAAUAUCCUGCUGUUUGAUGGCGAGAACUCUGCCGGUCCUAUUUACCCGCUGCAUCCCAUCUUCCCCGAGAUGGAAACCCUCGCUGCUGUGCCUCCUGUCGCGGAUCCUAUUCCCCUCGAUCCCAUCCCUACUUCCACACAGUGA